AAGCCAACCGGUCCGAGUUUUUAAUUCUCAACCGCCACCAAUCGUCGUGUUUUCUGAUCCACCCGCCCUAACCUUGCAACCAGUCGAUUGAAGGACGCUGGCCGGUUUACCUUAACGAGUCUGCAAACGCAUUUACACGGGGACUCACUGAGUUAGGGUUAUCGAGAAGUUUCUUACCUAGAUCUUUACUUUCAGAAUCUGCUAGAUUCCAAGGGAAAAGAGAUGGAUCCUAACGCAGUCAAAUCAACUUUAUCUAAUUUGGCAUUUGGAAAUGUAAUGGCAGCAGCAGCUCGUGAUUAUCACAAGGAAUUGAUGGCUCAAGAGAAAGCCCAGGCCUCGGCUACUGCUAAUGAGGAGGUUGAUCUAGAUGAAUUGAUGGAUGAUCCCGAGCUGGAAAGGUUGCAUGCUGAUCGGAUAGCUGCUCUCAAGAAAGAAGCUGAGAAACGACAAGAAUUGAAGCGACAAGGGCAUGGAGAGUAUAGGGAGAUAACUGAAGGGGAUUUUCUGGCUGAAGUUACUGGCACCGAAAAAGUUAUUUGUCAUUUUUACCACCGGGAGUUCUACCGUUGCAAGAUCAUGGAUAAGCAUUUGAAGUCUCUUGCGCCAAGGCAUUUGGAAACAAAGUUCGUCAAAUUAGAUGCAGAGAAUGCACCUUUCUUUGUUGCUAAAUUAGCUAUCAAAACUCUGCCUUGUGUAAUAUUCUUCAGGAAUGGAAUUGCAAUAGACAGGUUGGUAGGGUUUCAAGACUUGGGAGGAAAAGAUGAUUUUACUACAAAGGCACUUGAAAUUCUUCUUUUAAGGAAAGAAAUGAUCAAGGAGAACAAAUUAGAAGAAGAAGAGGAUGAUGAUUAUCACGAAAAUAGACAGAGGACAGUGAGAUCAUCUGUGAACGCUGAUUCAGAUUCAGACUGAAUGAAUUGUGAUUGCUUGAUUUCAAUAUUACUUCUGGCUGAAUCAGGAAGGUAGCCAAGAUAGCUACAAGAGUACUCAAGUCAGUUGAUCUGAAUUGGUGUUAUACAUAAGAGCUGUGUGAUGCAAUGAAGCCACUUCUUUAGCUGACUGAGGCAAUGGAGUUUGUUCUUGAUUUGUGCUAGGCUUUCAUAGUGGUCGUCUUCUAGUCCGUUGGAGUCGUGUAGUAGAGAAUAUGUAUUUCUUCAAAUAGGUUAUCCUAUCUGCAACGAGCAGCACCAAUCUGAUUCCCACUUCUAGAAAAAUGUUUUUGUUACCUGAGGUUGCUACAAAUUUGCUGCCUGCAGGACUGAAACUUGCCUCUUUUCUAGAUUGCAGGAAUUACCAACUUUGUCAUAAGUGGGUGCUUUUGUUAUCAUAUUGAUUUCUAUCUUUAAGUCUUGUUAUUUUUAAA